AAGGUAGUAACCACAAAAUAAGAUCGAGCAUAUAGGACACGGGCGUUAUCUAAGCUCCCAAUAAUUUUGGGGUUCUGCAAAGAAACCGAUCUCAUAAAAAUGGCGGACACUUUGUUAGGACCCUCCCCUUCACUCUCUCUUCUACUUAAGCCUUUAGCUUUCAUACCUUCCUACCAUUCCAAAUCCACCAUUUCUAAAUUUAAAUGCACUAAUUCUUCGUCUCCUUCUUUAAUGGCUUCCUCCUCAAUCCCUCCUCCUCUACAAUCUUCCACCACCCCUCCACCCUCUCUCCUCGUUUUCUCUGGCGGCACUGCCUUUAAUGGGGUCGUGGAGGAGCUGAAAAAGCUGACAACUCGUGUUGCGCAUGUUCUUCCUGUUUCUGAUGACGGAGGAAGUACAGCUGAGAUCGUUCGUGUACUUGGUGGUCCGGCCGUUGGAGACAUAAGAUCGAGAUGUCUGAGGCUCUCUGACGGAAGUACCGCAGAGGCUCUUGCUGUUAGACAAUUAUUAGGUCACCGAUUACCUCUUCAUGCUAAAGAAGCGAAAUCAGAAUGGUAUGACAUCGUGGAAGGAGAGCAUUCACUCUGGGAGGAAGUAUCGGUACCAUAUCGGGAAACAAUUCGAGCCUUCUUAGUUUACUUUCAGCAACAGAUUCUCAUGAGAUCUGAAGCAAAAUUUUGUUUCAGCAACGGCAGCAUUGGAAAUUUUUUCUUCGCUGGAGCCCGUAUAUUCUUCCAGUCUCUAGAGUCUGCAAUAUUUUUGUUUUCACGUGUUUCAGAGAUUCCCAAAGAAAGUCUUAUUCUCCCGGUCAUAUCCACCAAUGACAGAUUGACGCUGGGCUGUGAGUUAUGGGAUGGAAGAACUAUUCGUGGUCAGAAUGAAAUAUCUCAUCCCACCAAUGGACUCUUAGAGCCUGUAAAUAAGAAACAUUGCUCUGGUCAAGCACUUACUUCAAGAAUAAAGCGGGUAUUCUACAUGUCAAGUGAGGGGCAGAAUUUGUUGCAUGAGGUCUUCCCUCCACCAAAUCCAGCUGUCCUCGACCAGUUGCACAGUGUCAAUUGCAUCGUUUAUUCCAUGGGAUCCCUUUUUACAUCCAUAUGCCCUUCAUUGGUGUUAAAUGGGGUUGGGGAGAUCAUAUCUUCAAGGUCUUGUCAGAAGAUACUUUUGUUGAAUGGGACAUAUGACCGAGAAACAACUGGAUUCUCAACUUCAUGCUUCGUGACUGCAAUUACGGAUGCUCUUAAUAGGACGUAUGGAAAUUCCAAAAAAUGUCUCAUUAAUCCACCAAGUGCGUAUGUUAAUACAAUUUUGGUGCCGCGAAAUGGUGAAAUUCCAGUGGAUUUACCUGCCUUGAAAGACCAGCGAAUAUUUAAUGUGGUCACUGUUGAUUCAUUAGAGGAUCCAAAAGUUGGUAUAACCUUUGACCCCAACUCAUUAAUACAAACAUUGGCAGAUAUACUGAGGCCCUAGCUCAAAUGUAAUGGGAUUGGGAAGUAACGUUCAACUUCGUUGGUUGGAGGGCUGACUGAGGCAAGCAUCAUUCAUCAUGAUUGUUUUCAAGUUCAUGACAAUUAGUUUGCCUUUUCUUUGUGUUCCUGAACACUGCUGAUAUAUAUUUUAUAAUACAUAAAUCACUGGUUGAAAAUAUUAUUUGAGCUGCAAGUUGCUUUUCUUUGGGCAUUCAAAGACGAGGACAACCAUUCAUUGCUCUUGGCCUAGCUACAUCCAAUGUUGUACUGCUUUUGGUAUGCAUUUGAGUUAGAAUUUUGGACAAGAUUCAGUUUGUUUCAUUCCAUCUCUGCUUUUAAACUGUACAGAGAAGAGCUGAUCUUGGAUUGUCUGAGCAACUGGCAUACUGGAACGCGCUUUGUGAAUUUGCAUUGCCAUGUAGGCUUUCCCAUGGGAAUUGCAGAUUUAUAGAAAUACCAUUUAGGUAUACAUUUUUGUUGUAAUUAGGCAGUAGUUCAUUCUUGUGAGUAUGCUACAGUCCUCACCCUAACUUUUAAUUCUUGAUUCAAGUUAACGGUCUUGCUCGAUAUUUGCUCAAAUGAUCAAUUCAAUAGUGGAGUUGUAGACAAGUUAUCUAUCAGUGA